AUGAUCCAAUUAAUUCUCUCCCUUCCAAUCUGGGUACUCAUCACCAUCCCACCAUCCAUUUAUAUCCUCAGCACCCUGUUUCUCGCCCUCACCGACCCUCUCCGUCAUAUUCCAGGUCCUUUAUUGGCUCGCUUCACCCGAGCCUGGUAUUGCUGGGAGAUAUACAAAGGGUCUUUCGAACGCACAAACCAACAAUUACACUCUCGCUACGGGCCCAUCGUCCGCAUCGCACCUCAUGAAUACUCAAUCGAUGAUGUUGAUUCUGCUAGGGUAAUUUACUCUACAGGUGGAGGCAGCUUUCCAAAAGCUCCCUGGUAUUGGUCUUGGAAUCCUCCGGAUCCAAAUAAGGCUUCGAUGUUCUCGGAUCUGAAUCCCCAUCGUCAUUCUGCACAACGCCGCAAAUUCGCGAGUUAUUAUAGUAUGAGUUCGUUGGUGGGUUAUGAAGGAUACGUGGAUAACUGUACUCAGUUACUAUCAAGACGCUUUGGGGAAUUGGCUGGUUCGGGAAGGAUCGUAGAUAUGCAGCAUUGGUUACAGUGUUAUGCAUUUGAUGUUAUUGGAGAAAUAACAUUCGGGCAACGUUUUGGCUUUUUGGAUAUGGGAGAAGAUAAGGAUGGUGUGUUUGAGGCAAUUGACGCCAGAGGAUGGUAUUCUACUUUCGUGGGAAUUUGGAGUUGGACUCACCGGUGGUUGUAUCCUAUGUUGCCUAGUACCGGCGGGCAUGCAUAUGUCGCCAAGUAUACCGAGAAUAGGAUUGAAGCAAAAAUUAAACUAUUGAAGGAUCCAAGAAGUGGGGAGAAGGAAAAAGAAGGUACACCAGAUAUUAUGACGAGGAUUCUGAUGGCGUCGGAAAAGGAUCCGGAAAAGGUUACGAGAGGUGAUUUAUUUAGUGCCUGUCAGUCGAAUAUCGGUGCUGGAAGUGAUACGACGGUUAUCACGCUUUCGAGUGUAUUGUAUCAUCUGUUGAAAUAUCCAAAGACUUACCAAAGACUCCGAGAGGAAAUCGAAACCGCGGCAAAGGAGGGAAGAAUCUCAGAUCCUGUUACUUUCAAGGAAGCUCAAGGAUUACCAUAUUUGCAAGCAGUCAUCAAGGAAGGACUUAGAGUUCAUCCAGCUGUAGGCUUGGGAUUGCAACGCAUUGUGCCCGCUGAAGGCACUACCAUCGCAAAUCAAUUCAUACCCGGUGGCUCGACAGUUGGCAUCAAUGCAUAUGUAGCUCAUCAAAACACAUCGGUUUUCGGUCUCGAUGCAGAUACAUGGAGACCAGAACGAUGGCUCGAAAUUGAAGAACAAGGUCGAAGUGGAGAAGUUGAAAAGUAUUUCUUUUCUUUCGGCAUGGGCUCGAGAACUUGUAUUGGGAAGAAUAUCAGUUUGUUGGAGAUUGGUAAGUUGAUACCUCAGUUGGUGAGGAGGUUUGAUUUUGAGUUGGAUGAGGAUGUGGAGAGGAAUGGUGGGUUGGUUUGUGAGAAUAGAUGGUUUGUGAAGCAGAAGAACUUUAGGGGGAGGGUGUUGAAGAGGAGGGGCGAGAGUAAGAGCGGGUAG